AUGGUGGCCGACAUCAACCAGCUUCCCCCUUACACACCGCCUCCCCCAACCAAGGAAGACUUGGACUACGUCGAUCUCGUCAACAUCGAUCUUGCCAAGUUCGACGACCCCGAGGGCCGCAAGCAACUCGCCAAGGACCUGUACGAAGCUGCCACCGGCUAUGGUUUCCUCACUCUCACCAACCAUGGCAUCUCCGACGAGACCUACUAUCGCCAGAUGCGCAUUGCCAAUGCGGCUAUGACGUUGAAGCCUGAAGAAAAGGCCCCUUAUGAAGUCACGCCUGAAGAGGAUGCCCGCGGUCUCUACGCCGGCUACAAGCCUGCUGGCCCUCUCGGACACAAGGGUGGCUUCCCCAAAGCUCUUGACCACUACAACAUGCUGGUCCACGACCCCAAGAAGCGCGACCAUCCCGAGAUCAUCCGUCCCUUUAUGGAGGAGUCAUACGAGGUCAUGAGCUACAUCCGAACGAAUAUCCUGGUUAAGUUGUUGAAGAUCGUGGCCGAUAUCCUCGAGGUCCUGGAGGAAGCCGUGCUGUCCACCCAUGCCCCUGGUGGAUCUAAGACGGAAUACCUCCGAUACAUGAUGUGCGAGCCUCGUACAAAGGAGGAGAGCGAGAAAUACCGUCAAAUCUUCCUAGCCGGACACACUGAUUGGGGAACCUGGACCUUCCUCUUCUCCCAGCCCGUUGCCGCCCUGCAAGUUCUCUGCCACCACACCGGUCGCUACAGAUACGUCAAGCACCAACCCCAUGGCAUCGUCGUCAACUUCGGCGAGGCUCUCGAGCGUCUGACAGGCGGACUUUUCAAGGCCACCAUCCACCGCGUGAGCACGCCGCCCGAGGACCAGCGCCACCUUCGCCGCAUCGGCGUCAUUUACUUCGCCCGUCCAGCCGACGACCGUGAGCUUGUACCCAUCGAGAACUCUCCUCUUCUGAAGAAGAUGGGCACCGACAAGCCGAUGGAUGAUCGGGUCUUUUGCAUGGCCGACUACCUCGACGCUCGCAAGCAUGGUUGGAAGCGAUAUGACUUCGACAUGGACCGUCCUCGCGAGGAGGGCAAGCACCAGGACCCCUUUGAUGGAGAGUACCCCGAUCCUGAGGGCCACAAGAGUCUUGGAAAGUUUGACAACGUGCCUCGUCUUCAGUACAGUCUUCCCACUGUCAAGUCGACUUAG